GCAGACGGCGAAAAAAAGAGUGACCGUGAAAUAUUCGUCCUCUUCGUUCCGGAUUUUCAUAUUCUUGGUUAUUCAAUGACAGUUGUGAAGAACAUGUGCUGACAUUGUGCUUCGACCUUAGGAUACCAAGAACCUUAUUUUAAUUUUAAAAAUUUUUGAUACCUUCAACAGCAUGUUAAAAUCUCUGCUGGUAUAUUUCCUCAUUAUAUUAAUUUCUUUAGCCGAAGCAACAUCUUCGGGAGGCAUUUCAACAAAAGGUUCUUCAUCAUCAGAUAAAUUUAUUUCUGUGAAUGCAGCCUGCAGCAGGAAAACUCUCCUAGCUAUUGUUCUUUUGCGGGAUCCAUUCUAUGGAAUACUGUACGCUCGUGGAUAUCCUACUGAAUGCAGUGCUACAGGUAACGGAUCUAAUGAAAUCAAGCUGUCCUUUCCUGUUGAUCAGUGUGGGACGAAAGUUAUAGAAAAACCUGAUGGUAGCAUACAGUUCGAUGUAUACAUGUAUUUGCAAUAUGAAAAACAUGUCCAGCAAGCAUCAGAUGAUAUCAUACAAGUUCAGUGUGUGCCUCAGGAUGUGGUGGUCAGCAGUAGAAUGGUACCAGCUAAAACACCAGAGACAGGCCACAUCACGACCAACACGCAAUUAACCACACAGGCACCAUCAUUAUCAUUUGAUAGUUGGAUGGACAUACUCAAAGGAAAGAUGCCAUCUGCUGUUCCUAUAACAGAAUAUGUUAAUGUGGGAGAAGACGUAACUAUGCUUGUUAAAAUUAGACACAAAGAGGGUGUAGAAGCGAAAGUAAUUGAUUGUGUAGCAAGUGAUGGAUCAGAAGAGAACCAACAAUUACUUAUCGAUUCAAAUGGGUGUACCGUUGAUCCUGCCAUCAUGCCUAAACUGCAAGAGAAGUAUAACAGUAAAACCGGUAUGAAGAUGGUUUAUACUACUUUCAAAGUUUUCAGAUUUCCAGAACGUGACAAUCUACAUCUACAGUGCAGAGUUUUAGUUUGUAAUAUUACAUGCCCAUUGGAAAGCUGUGUGAAGCCGAGAUGGGGAAGUAGAGGCAGGAGCCGUUCGAAGAGAUCAGAAAGUUACGCUUACUAUGUUAUGGAUGAAAUGGAAGUUUUCAACUCGGUAGAAGUAAGAGCACCACAAAUGGAUGUCAGUCCGCAUCGUCCAGCUUCUACGGCAGAAAGUUUUAAGGAAUCUGCAGAAGGAUCCAGUGUUAAACAAGAUGAGAUAUUUUGCUUGAACUCCACUCGGAUGAUUGCCAUCAUCGCUAUCCUUCUGGGUGUAUUGUUAAUAUCAUUGGUGGUGACGAUCUGCAUGUGUGUCAGAGCAAGAGAGCUGAGGAGGAGGCUAGUCCAGAGACAAAGCCUUCCUUAUGGGCGAGUGCCCGAGUAUUCUUGACAGUUUCAGAAACCACAGAAACAGACUGAUUUCACUUACGAAGAAUGCAUCAAGACCUACAAACCACCACCUUUGUCGAAUGUCCCAAAAGUGAGGAAACGAGUGGAGGAAAUUGAAUCCGAAAUAGGAAUAUGAAACAUUAUACUAACAAGAAACACUUUACAGAAGUAUAGAAAUUGAAUGUGUAUCUGGAAAGAAUCAUAAUUUAAUAAUCAUAUCUCCGAAGGUUCAGUCACUUACAAAAUGCUUUGAAGUUCCAGUUUCUUCCCCCACUGUUCCCUGAAUUAGUCGUAGGAAAGUUCUUCGUUUGAAUCUUUGUAUCUCUAAUAUUUCUAAAUUAGAAAAAAAUUACAAAUUAGGAUAAAGUAGCAUAUUUGAGAAUUAGAAAACCCUGUGGUGUUGCUGGCCGUGAUCGUAUAAAGUGACGAUACUAAGAAUAUCAAGUACAAAUUAAUUUUGCGUAAAUACUUAAACUAAAAUUUGGUGUUUAGUACAUUGCAUAAUCAUUACUAAAUAGA